AUGACCGAUUACUUUGUUGACUUUAUCAACGAUGUUCCUGAUGACACUCUCACUUUUGGUGUAUACCAAACAUUUCCAAAUACACCCGGAAUCGAUUCAGUUGCUUGGUUAAGAGCUGAUGUCCCCGAAAGUGGUACAGCCGGAGUGAAGUUUACUGAAACUUAUUGUGUCGUAAACGCAGACUUCUACGAUGAUGAUUCAAAGGGAAGAUACAAAGCUAGUCAAACUUUCAAUACUAAUCUUGGAACUGCCUGGGAACUUAUUGACAAAGACACUAUAUCACAAUUCAGUAAGAAAACUAGCUCUUCAAACGCAGAUAAUCUUAUUGUCAUAAAAAAUAAUUCCAAGACAACUGCUUCGCUUGGUAUUGGAAUGUCUGGAAAAUUAUCAGCAAUCAAAAGAAAAGUGUAUGUUGGCGCUACAGCAGCAUUCAAAGUCACCCCAGUAAUCUAUGUCGGAAUCUUCACAGAUCUUGAAAUUGGAGAGGUUAUUACCGACGAUGUAAUCUUGUCUAACUCGAAAAUUACCUUUGACGGAAACAACGUGGUCACUAUCAGAGCUUAUCUCAAAGGUCAUCAAUUUAAGCUCGACGUUUCUUAUAGCAAUCGUGCAAGCUCUAGUCUUUAG